GGCUUAUUUUCUCGCCGUCAUUUGGUACUGAAUACCCUCGGCGGCACGGUCAGUAUCGGCAGAAUGUCAAGGAUUGCAAUCCUCUUGUUCGUUGCGCUGCUCGUCGCAGUUGCGGUAGCAUUACCGGCGACCGCACCGCAAUUCCAAGGUCUUAAAAAGAUAGUCGGAGCAGCCGCGCCGGAGGAGCCCGCUCGUCUCAAACGUGCCUAUGGUGGAUACGGCGGUGGUUUCGGCGGUGGAUUCGGUGGCGGAUUUGGCGGUUUUCGCGGGCAUGGUCAUCAUGGUUACAGAGGGCACCGAGGAUACGGACACGGAGGAUACGGACACGGAGGAUACGGAGGAUGCAGAGGAGGAUGCGGGGGAUAUCCCGGCGGUUCUUUCGCCAACAGCGGAGCUAAUGCUGGUUCAAUAAGCACGCCGUUCGGUAGCGGUUCCUACGCGCACUCGUUUGCUAAUUCUGGUGGCGGCUAUGGACGAUGAAGGACUUAAAGAAACGCGACUAUCAUUGAGAAUGGGCUCACGUGACAAGAAAUUAAUUAUACUUGUGCACUUAUUAAAUGUAUGAACUCAUAUUUUUACGCGGAAUAAAUUUAUUUAAACAAAAU